AGCGAGAGAGAGGGGACAGAGGAAGGGAGGGAGGGAGGGAGGCUGAGGCUCUGCUCUGUUCGUUCAUUGAUGUGAUGCCGGUCAUGCUCCCCCGAGGAGUUGCAGAGCUCGGAUUGCUCGGCCUUGAGGAGCGAGGGGUGAGGGGGCGAGGGAGCGACCAGCCCCUGCACUGUCUGGUCGUUCGUUCGCUCGCCGGUGAGCAUCUCAUGUGAAGAAGUAGUCGCGGGCGGAGGCAGGAGAUUUGGUGCAUGAUAUCGGGGCGUCGAUUUGGAGUUCUUUGGGUUUCUCGCAAGGCGUGGCGAUCGGAGCAGGGCAGGGCAGGGCAGGGCAGGGUAGUAGCAGGCGUGUGGAUGAGUGGUGCAUUUAUUGUGGGCGGUGAGGUUUUGGGGCGCAGUACUGCGAUCGGGGAAGAAGUGUGGGGAUGAGCAGCGUGUGAAGCGGGGAGCUCAGUUGUGGGGACGUCGAGAGGAGUGUUUUUGUGUUGUUGCCCAAUUGGAGGAGCCAAGGUGGAGGGAUCGCGUCGGCCGAUUUUUGCCAGUGGAAUGCUGAAGAUCUGUCGGUGGUGAGGUGGAAUUAUGGCCGAUCCACCUGCUACGCCCGCUCAGGAGCCUGAUAGGCGUCGGGCUGCCCCGCCUGCAUUUGCAGCUCCUGUUGUUCGCACUUUCUCCUCGACUCUUGCUCCCGCCACUCCGACUCCUCCACCACCAUUCCGCCAGUUCCCUCCCUCUCUAGCCACUGGCGAUAGUGAAGAAACACCGGGUUCGGCCGUCAUAGUUGCUGAAUCGGACAGCUCGUCUUCGCCAGCCGAAACUCAGGAGUCUUCGAAUCAGGUUUAUUCUAAUGGAUCAUCGAGGGACAUAUUGGCUCCAGACCAACAAUCGGAUGCGAAAUCUCAGCCCACUUUUGGCUUGGCCAACGGGAGGACCAAUUUGAUCCCAGGAGGUCCUCCUCCUGGCCCUCCAGGUGCCAUCCCCAUGGGCGCUCCACCAGCAAAUUUUAACCAUCCGCCCCACUUUCUAGGGCCACCACCGCUGCAUCAAUUUUCAGGCCCUCCUGGUCCUCCUCCUUUUUCCAGCCCGUUGCGCCCCAUCCCUACCUUCACAGGAGUAGGAGCAUCGCCGGUUAGAGGCAGUACUUUCUCCGAAAUCCCUUUAGCUGCUGGGACACCUCCUCCCCAACCCGGAAGUGCGAAUGGAUAUCCAUCCAGUGCAGAUCAGCCAUUGUAUAAUACCCUCGUGGAGGACGACUUCGAGGCUUCUGGGCAAUCAGCUUCUUCUUCGUUUGUGCUCUUCACAUCUCAAACGAUGUUGAAAGAUAAGAAGUUGACGAACACAGCGAGCUUGGGGUUUGGUGCCUUGGUGUCCCUGGGCAGAGAGGUUUCUCCAAGUCCGCCGAUGUUAAGGAGAGAAGGCAUCCGCUGCCGCAAUUGCGGAGCUUAUGUCAAUCUUUUCUGUGCUAUUGUCCCAAGCUCCGGACACUGGAAGUGUGUUCUUUGCAACAAGCUAAACAGUAGUGAAGGGGAGUACAAGUCUGCUACUUCGGAGAAUGUUCGUAGUUGGCCAGAGCUCGUAACGAGCGUUAUAGACUAUGCUGAUGCUGGUAACAGGCGCCCUGGCUUGAUGUCAGUCACAGAUUCAACUAUGGCUGCUCCAGUUGUCAUACUUGUUGAUGAGAGUCUAGACGAACCUCAUCUUCAGCAUUUGCAAAGCUCCCUUCAUUCAUUUCUAGACUCCUUGUCGCCAACAACUAGAAUUGGUAUAGUCACGUUUGGGAAGACUGUGUCCGUGUACGAUCUGUCUGAGUUGGCAUUGGCAGCGGCUGACGUGUUACCAGGUGACAGCACCCCUAGCCAGGAACUUUUGAAGAUGUUGAUAUACGGCACUGGUGUUUAUCUUGCUCCUAUUCAUGUAUGUCUUGGUGUGGCUCAGAACAUCGUCUCUUCACUUCGGCCUUAUAGAGGGGAUUUGCCGGAGGUGGCAAGAGACAGGUGUCUAGGGACAGCUGUGGAGGUAGCUCUAUCUCUCAUUCAAGGACCCGCCACCGAGCUUCCAAGAAGCACAGUGAAAAGGUCAGGAGGAAGCAAUCGAAUUAUUGCUUGUGUGGGUGGACCUAACACAUUGGGAUUAGGUUCUUUACCCUAUUCAGAUACCCAUCCUAAUUAUGCAUAUCUAGAAAAGAAGGCAAUCAAACAGAUGGAUCAGUUAGGGCAUGAAGCGCGACGAUUGGACACGGCCGUUGAUGUGCUGUGUGCGGGAACAUGCCCAGUAAGAAUUUGUGCCCUUCAACCCUUAGUGAAGUCUUCGGGUGGUGUGUUGAUCCUUCAUGAUGACUUUGGAGAAACGUUUGGAAUAAAUAUGCAAAGGGCCGUGAGAAGAGCAACAGGAUUCAGAGGUGUUCUGGAGGUGCGAUGUUCUAGUGAGGUUGCUGUGACCCGUGUCAUAGGUCCGGGAGAAGAAGCUCACCUGGAAUCUUCUGAAUUCCGCAAGGAUAGCGCAACAGCUGUCCAACUGUUGAGUGUGGAAGAUUGUCAGGGUCUAGCUUUGAAUAUGGAACUGGUGGAGAACAUCCUUGGGGACUUCGCUUACUUCCAGUUCGUCGCUCGAUACACCAACACCUACCACCUGCAGGUUACCCGUGUUAUCACUGUCAGGCUCCCAACUACGGGCAGCCCUUCGACCUACUUGCAAAGUUUGGAUGACGAAGUUGCAGCUGUGCUCAUAGCCAAGAAAAGUGUUCUUCAAGCCGAGAAGCCCUCUGACCUAGCUGACGUGCGAGCCUCCCUUGAUGAACGGGUGAAGGACAUUGGGCUUAAGUUUGGCAAGCAGAUGCCUAAAACAAAGGUUUGGAGAUUUCCGAAGGAGCUACCAAGGUUGCCCGAGCUCCUCUUUCAUCUGAAAAGGGGCCCACUGCUGGGAAAUGUUGUCGGGCAUGAGGAUGAGAGGGCUGUCUACAGAAGCAUAUUUUUGCAGGCUUCUUUCGAUUUGGCUUUGCGAAUGUUGGCUCCAAGGCUUCUCAUGCACCGAGACGGGGGAACUUUCGAGGAGCUUCCUGCUUAUGAUCUUGCUUUGCAGUCUGACACAUCAUUAGUCAUGGAUCAUGGUACUGAUCUUUUCAUAUGGACGGGACUGGAUGUGGCAGCAGAUGAAGCACUAAGUGCUGCAUCAGCAGCAGCUUGUCGUACACUUGCCAAUGAGUUGACAGAAAGUCGAUUUCCAUCGCCACGACUUCUUGCUUUCAAGGAAGCGAGCUCGCAGUCUAGAUAUUUGAAAUCUAGACUCAUACCUGCCCACAAGGACCCCCCCUACGAACAGGAAGCAAGGUUUCCGCAAUUACGGAGCUUAAGGCCAGACCAGAGGGGCCGGCUUAAAAGUAGUCUUAUACCAACAGAUGAUCUCAGUUUCUGCGAGUGGAUGCGGAGUUUAAAGCUUGUACCUCCGGAGCCCUCGUAGGUGCAAGUACUGCUUCGUAAAUUGCACAAUUUGCACAUUAGGAUAAGCUAAAAUUUUUUUCACUAUCAUGUUUCAGAUUCCACAUUAGUCAUGAGUAAACCGUGUAGAAUAGUCGCAGUAUACAGAAAUUUGGUGAAAACGGUCCCUCGUAGUAACCGUCAUAGCCAGAUAUUGGUUGGGUUGCUGUUGUUCACGAUCAAAUUGGAGUUUUAACCAAAGCAGAUAAGUUGCCUCAAACGCUUUAGCUUUUCGAGAAAAGCUUUUUUGUGUGCUAUAGCUUACUUACAAUACUG